AUGUUAAUUUCUGACUACUUCACUCCAGUUCCCGAUGCGUCUGUGACGUUUAAUGGGGCUGAUGUAUAUUUUGAUAGAAACCAUCUUCCAAAGCAGAUUGCUGCUCAAACUUCACGAACAAACCUCAAUGAACGUAUGGAACUCACUGGAAAAAACAGAGGUUUACAUGAUCUUACUUUCAAAGCGAAAAAAGGUGAAGUAAUCCUCGUCUUAGGUAAUCACACUUCCUCUCUCUUCAAGGCAAUGUUUCAUGCCUCCAAGAAAUUGCAUUAUUCUCCAACAAACGCUGUCAGAUUCAAAAACAAUGAAUUCAAGGCAUUUUCUCAGAAAUGUCCACAAGAAAUUAUAUACAACAAUGAAGAAGAUAUGCACUAUCCCUUCUUAACAGUUCAGGAAACUAUUGAUUUCGCUUUGAGUUGUAAGUUCAACAUUCCACUCAACGAUCGUAUCGAACUAAGAAACGCUUUGUUAAGCGAAUUCGGCUUGUCUCACGUUUUGAACACAAUUGUUGGUAAUGACUACGUCCGUGGUGUCUCCGGUGGUGAACGUAAGCGUAUUUCGAUCAUUGAAACUUUUAUUGCAAAUGGUUCUGUGUAUUUGUGGGACAACUCUACAAAAGGUUUAGACUCUUCUACUGCUUUGGAUUUCGUUAAUAUUUUAGAUAGCUUAGGUAAAGCUACCUCUUCUGUCAAUUUUGUAAAGAUUUCCCAAGCAAGUGACAAGAUUAUUGAAAAAUUCGAUAAAAUUUUAUUACUUUCUGACUCUUAUCAAGUUUUCUACGGUACUUUAGACGAAUGUUUACAUUAUUUCAGAGAAGAGUUAGGAAUUCUAAAGCAAACAAAUGACUCUAUCAUUGAAUACUUAACCUCCAUUUUAAAUUUCAAAUACGAAGCUAAAGAUCCAAAAUCUAAUGAUACCCCAAAAACUGAAUUGGAUUUCUACAAUUCGUGGAUAAAAACGCCAUACUACAGCAGAUGCAAACGAGAAGCUUCUGAAGACGAUUCUGCUAUUACUACCACCGUUGCUGCCGAAGACGUCACACCUAAGUUCUCCGUAUCAUCAUUAACACAACUUUACAGUUGCUCAUACAGAGCCUUCUUUAGAAGUCUCGGUGAUAGAGGCUAUUUGAUUUCUCAGUUCUGCUCUAUUGUCGUCCAAGGGUUUGUCAUUGGUUCAUUAUUUUACGAUCUACCACAGACAACAGUUGGCUCCUAUUCUAGAGGAUCUCUUACCUUUUUUUCCUUGCUAUUUUUCACCUUUUUAGCAUUGGCUGAUAUGCCUGGUACUUUUCAAAGGCGUACGGUUGUUAUGAAACAUAUGAAGUUACAUUUUUAUCAUCCAUCGGUUGAAACUUUCGCAUCAACAAUCUAUGACUUCUUUUUCAAAUUCGUCUUGGUCUUCAUUUUCACCAUUAUUUUAUACUUUUUGGCCCACUUACAAUACAACGCUGCUAGGUUCUUUAUUUUCUUAUUAUUUCUUUCUUUGGCUAACUUUAGUAUGAUUUCAUUAUUCUCUUUGACUGCUUUAAUUAGUCCAACUUUAGCUAUUGCAAAUGGUUUGGCCGGUAUUCUAUUACUAGGUAUUGCUGUGUACGCAUCUUAUGUGGUUUAUCUAACAGACAUGCAUCAUUGGUUCAAGUGGAUUUCCUACGUAAACCCAAUUAUGUACUGUAUGGAAGCCAUCCUAUCCAACGAACUUUUCAAUAUGAAAUUAGAUUGUACUGAAUCUAUUAUUCCUAGAGGCCCUAGUUAUGAUAAUGUUUCCUUCUCCCAUAAAGCUUGCGCAUGGCAAGGUGCUACUUUAGGUAAUAAUUAUGUUAGAGGUCAAGAUUAUCUAUCUGGUGCAUUACAAUACAAAUAUAGUCAUGUUUGGAGAAACUUUGGUAUUGUCAUUGGGUUCUUAUGCUUCUACUUGUUCUGUGCUUUGGUCGUAUCAGAAUAUAUUACACCACUUUACACAAGAGAAAAUUUACAAGAAUGGAGCGCCAAAUAUCUUGGAAGAUUCAAAAAGAACCAAGCUAUUUAUAACAAAGACAUUCAUGAAGAAGCUUCGCAACCAAACACCGUUACUCCAUCAAGUUCCUCCUCUCAGUCUAUUGUCAAGACGAAUGUCUUUGAAACUACAAAAAUAUCUGAUUCAAUGAUGGAAGAUUCCACAAGAGAGGAUUCUGACACUAUUUUGAAUGCUCAAAAACACGUUAUCUCAUGGAAGAACAUUGAAUAUACUGUUGGUAACAAUAAAAAAUUGAUUAACGACGUCUCCGGUUACAUUAGUAGUGGUUUAACCGCUUUAAUGGGUGAAUCAGGUGCAGGUAAGACCACAUUAUUAAAUGUUCUUUCUCAAAGAACCCAAACUGGUAUAGUUAGUGGAGAAUUGUUGAUUGAUGGCCAGCCACUAACUGAUAUCGAAUCCUUUAGAAGAAGUAUUGGGUUUGUUCAGCAGCAAGAUGUGCAUUUGAACUUAUUGACAGUUAGAGAAUCUUUAGAAAUUUCCUGUGUUUUAAGAGGUGAUGGUGAUAUGGAAUAUUUGACAACUAUCCUUAAACUAUUAAGGCUUUCUGGCAGCAAGCUGGUAGCUGACUUGACAGUUACAGAAAAGAAGUUGCUAUCUAUUGGUGUUGAACUGGUUACAAAACCUUCGUUACUGCUAUUCUUAGAUGAACCAACUUCUGGUUUGGACUCAGAGGCCGCCUUACUAAUUGUUCAAUUUUUAAAGCAAUUAUCCUUACGUGGUCAAGCAAUUUUAUGUACUAUCCAUCAACCAAGUAGAAGUAUGAUUAGCUAUUUCGAUAAUAUUUUCUUGUUAAAGAUGGGUGGUGAAUGUGUUUACUUUGGUCCAACUGACGAAGCCUGUAAUUAUUUCAUGUCUCAUGACAAUAGUUUGACAUAUGACAGAGAAUUUGGCAAUCCCGCUGAUUUCGUUAUCGAUGUUGUAGGAAAAACACAACAUAACGGUGACAAUAAGAGUUCUGGAACUAGCUGGCAUGAACUUUGGAACUCUUCCCCUGAAAAGGUCAGAAUGUUUGAAGGUCUUGACGUCAUGGAAGAGGAAGCUCGUGCUUCUGGUGUUGAUUUCACCGCCUCCGCAAGGGCUCGUCCAUCAUAUCUGCAACAGUUGAAGGUCAUUUUAAAAAGAGAAUAUACUUGUACAAAGAGGGAUAAAGCUUACGUGUAUGCCAAGUUCGGCUUAAAUGCAGGUGCUGGUCUUUUUAUUGGUUUUUCAUUUUGGAAAACUAAAACGAAUGUUAUUGGUCUACAAUAUGGUAUUUUCUUGGCAUUUAUGACAGUCUGUGUUUCCGCACCAUUAAUUAAUCAACUUCAAGCUAAGGUUGUUCAAUCAAAGGAUGUUUAUACUACAAGAGAAGCAAGUUCUAACACUUUUCAUUGGUCCGUUUUACUACUUUCUCAAACUAUCGUUGAAUUACCACUAGCCGUAUUAAGUUCUUCUCUAUUCUUCGUUUGCUGUUAUUUCUGCUGUGGAUUUGAUAAUUCAGCCCACAUUGCUGGUGUUUAUUACUUGAAUUAUAUUGUGUUCAGUGCUUAUUAUAUGACUUUUGGAUUAUGGUUAAUCCAUUCCACAUCAUCCCUGGAAACUUCGGCUGUGUUAGUCGCGUUCUUCUACAGUUUCACUGUAUCUUUCUGUGGUGUUAUGCAACCUUUAGGUCUGAUGAAUGUUUUCUGGAAACAAACUAUGUACAGAUUAUCACCAUACACCUAUUUCAUCGAAACCUUUGUUUCGUUGCUUCUACACGACAGGCCUGUUAACUGUGAAACAAUGGAAUUGGUACCAGGUCAGCCUACUCUUGGUCAAACUUGUUGGGAAUUCAUGGAACCUUUUAUCCAAGAAUACGGUGGUCAUUUACAUAAUAAUGAUAGUACAAACGUUUGUGGUUACUGUAUGUACUCAACUGGUGACGACAUGUUGAAAAAUGAAAGUAUGAGUUAUGGUAACAGAUGGAGGAACUUUGGUAUCCAAAUCUGUUAUGUUGUGUUCAACAUUUUGGCUAUGUUUGGUGGUUUUUAUAUGUUGUACGUCGGAAAAUGGUGGUCUUCCUUGAGCACCCGUUGGAGUGGAAAGUUAAUCUCCAAGAAUGAAAAAACCAGCGAUGUCACAGAGAAGGAUACAUCUGCUUUGCAAGAAUAA